AUGGCGGCAAACCUGUCACACGACUGCUACACGAAAUGCAUCGACGACACCCUUCUCUGGGGAGACAGCAUCGAGGAGGUGUUCUGGCGCACUGUGGAAUGGCUGGACAUGUGUGGCCGUUCCGGCAUCACGCUGAACAGCGAGAAGUUUGUCUUCGCCCAGAAGACAGCGGAAUUCGCUGGGUUUGAAAUCACGCCUGACACAGUCCGCCCGUCUCAUGCCUUCCUUCAGAGCAUCACCGAGUUCCCCACUCCCAGGAACCUGACAGACGUCCGCGCGUGGUUCGGGGUCGUCAAUCACGUCGCCUACGCAUUCGCCAUGGCGGAUGCCAUGCUGCCGUUCCGGGAACUCCUGAAGCCCGGCAAGUUCACGUGGACGGAUGAACUCCAGGCACUGUUCGACAUGUCGAAACGGACCAUCGUCGAGGAGGUCACGAAGGGUGUCCAGAUCUUCGAGACAGAUCGCCCAACCGUCCUGGCCACCGACUGGUCCCGUACUGGUAUCGGUUUCUGGUUACUCCAGAAAUACUGCACAUGCGCCGGUCGGUCACCACUCUGCUGCGCUGAGGGCUGGAAGACCACGCUGGUGGGAAGCCGCUUUACAUCCGGCGCUGAAUCUCGGUACGCCCCGGUCGAGGGCGAGGCGCUGGCAGUGGCCGACGCCCUCGAGAAAACGCGCUUCUUCGUGCUCGGCUGCAGCGACCUCACGGUCGUUGUUGACCACAAACCCCUCGUGAAGAUUUUCGGGGACCGAUCACUGGUCGACCUGCCCAACGCCCGUCUCCGUAAUCUCAAGGAAAAGACCCUCCGGUUCAGAUUCGACAUCAGCUAUCUCCCCGGAGUCAAGAACCGCGUUCCCGACAUCGCGUCCCGGUACCCAACCGGCGCUCCCAUCGGCAUAAGCCUCUCCGACGACGUCACCGUCGACGAUGCUGGCGAGGUAGCGGCAGCCGCCAUCACCACGAUCCGGUCUGUCACCUGGGACCGCGUGAGGGACGCAACGGCAGGCGAUCCGUCGAUGAUGCGACUUCUCGAACUGAUCGAGGGAGGGCUACCAGCCCACCGCCACGAGAUGCCUGAGGAGCUCCGAGAGUAUCAUUCGCUCCGUGAUGGCCUAUACACCAGCGACGGCAUCAUCCUGUAUGAUCAGCGAAUCGUCAUCCCACCCAGCCUCCGCGAGGAGGUGCUCCAGAGUCUCCACGGUGCGCACCAAGGGAUCGGCAUGAUGCUCGCGCGCGCGGCCGUAAGCGUGUACUGGCCCGGCAUCACCACAUUUGGCAUCGCUGAGGAGCUGACGAGCGAUGGCGGGCCGGAGUUCACUGCCCACGAGACACAGGCGUUUCUGGCCGACUACGGUGUUCGUCACCGCCGCUCCUCUGUGGCAUUCCCACACGCGAACUGUCGCGCUGAGGUUGGCGUCAAAACCGUCAAACGCAUGAUCGAAGGCAACACAGGUGACAACGGGGAACUGAACGUGCGACGCUUCCAGCGCGCCAUGCUGAACUACCGCAACACUCCCGACCCCACGACAGGGCUGUCGCCGGCCCAAUGCGUGUUCGGUCGUCCGGUGCGAGACUUCAUCCCGAUACCCCCCGGACUAGAUAUGUCCAACAUUCACUGA